GAUUGAGAUCAGGAAGCUUUUUUGGGUAUUAAAACUCAGUUCCUGGAGUUCUUGCAUUCUCCCAGCCUGUCUUCCAUGGGAAUGAACAUUCCUGCAUGUAUGAUAGUGACUCUCAAGUUUAUAAAAGAGGAAGAAGAGAACUUUGGCAACAAGAUGGCUGAGCCACGUCAAGAUUUCAGUAUGAUGGAUGACCAUUCAUUGAGCCAAGAUAAGCAGAUCCCAUCAGGGUAUCCCCUCCAGAUACCAGUUGAUGACGGAUCGGAUGAGCCGGUUUCUGAGACCUCUGAUGCUAAGAGUACCCCAACUACGGAAGAUGCUACAGCACCACUAGUGGAAGAAGGAGAACAUGAGGAUGGGACUGGAGCUCAGCACCAUGUAGAGAUUCCUGAAGGAACCACAGCUGAGGAAGCGGGUGUGGGAGCCACUCCUAACCUUGAAGACCAAGCUGCAGGAGACAUCGCUGAAGAGGAGCUGAGCUCUCCAAAGCUAGAGGAGGGUGUGGAGCCUGGGCUACAGGAGCAUUUGGCAGAUGAGAUAAAAAAGGAAAUUCAGCCAGGAAAACAAGCAGAGAAGGUUCUUAAGGAGCCUCAUCCCCUUUUACGUGGAAGGCCGGCUGGAGAACAGGCAGCAGCAGCUCCUACCAGAAUUGAAGUCAGAAUACCAGGGCUCACAGAUGUGUCCAAAGACAUUAGCACCUUGGAAGAGAGUGAGGAGGUUGUCUCCCGAUCGCUGUUUAAUGAACCAUGGGACAUUGGGGGCAAAGAGGGCAUCGCAGUGGAUAAAGUGCCAUUAGCUGAAUCGGCUCAUAGUGUGCCCCUUGAAGGAUUUGUACGAGCGGCAGCAGUUCCUGAGUUAUUGAGGAGCACCCAAGGAGCUCGUGUUGAUGGUAAAGACAAAGACGGGACUGCUGAACAGAAAAAACCUAAGACAUCCACACCUUCCUCUGUCAGCACCCUGAAAGAUAGACCCUCCAUUAUCCCCAAACGACCCUCCUCUGUUAGUACAAUCCCUUUGAAAAUACCCUCCAGCCCUGCUGAGUCCUCAGUACCAGCUUCCAGUCCUAAACGAGUCUCUUCUGUCACAUCCCGACUCGCCAGUACAGGAAUGAAAGAAACAAAGCCCAAGGGCCUGGAGAUGAAAAGUGGAAUGAAGAUGCCCACCCCAAAGUCUGCAGUGGCACAGGCUCAAAGAAGCCCCGCCAACGCUAGCAGGAUCCCAGCAAAGACUCCCACAGCCCCCAAGACGCCUCCCACCACUGCUGGAAAGAAGGAGCAGAAAAAGCCCCCUUCCACAGCAGCAAAAUCUGAUAAAGGUGAACAGCCAAAGUCUGGAGACAGAAGCGGUUACAGCAGCCCUGGCUCACCAGGAACCCCAGGCAGCCGUUCCCGCACACCUUCCCUGCCAACUCCUCCUGCCAGGGAGCCCAAGAAGGUGGCAGUGGUCCGCACUCCUCCAAAGUCCCCUUCUUCUGCCAAGAGCCGCAUGCAGCCGUCUGCUGUCCCCAUGCCUGAUCUGAAAAAUAUCAAGUCCAAGAUUGGUUCUACUGAAAACCUGAAGCACCAGCCAGGAGGUGGAAAGGUGCAGAUUAUUAAUAAGAAGCUGGACCUUGGCAGCGUUCAAGCCAGGUGUGGCUCAAAGGAUAAUAUCAAACACAUCCCAGGAGGCGGCAGUGUGCAAAUUGUUUACAAGCCAGUAGACCUGAGCCAUGUAACAUCCAAAUGUGGUUCCUUGGGCAACAUUCAUCAUAAACCAGGUGGUGGCCAGGUAGAGGUGAAGUCUGAGAAACUGGACUUCAAAGAAAAGGUGCAUUCAAAAAUUGGGUCAUUAGACAACAUCACCCAUGUUCCUGGAGGGGGCAAUAAAAAGAUCGAGACUCACAAGCUGACCUUCCGUGAGAAUGCCAAAGCCAAGACUGACCACGGAGCUGAAAUUGUCUACAAGUCCCCCACCAUCUCUGGAGAUGCCUCCCCCCGUCGCCUUAGCAAUGUUUCCUCCUCUGGCAGCAUCAAUAUGGUGGACUCCCCCCAGCUUUCGACAUUAGCCGAUGAAGUGUCUGCUUCCCUGGCCAAGCAGGGCUUGUGAUUGCGUUGCUGUGGGUGGAGAGAAAAGAAAAAUCUGGCCUUCUUCCUCUGUUCCUUUUACAGCUGCUUCCCCCACCCCCUAACUGGUUAAGGAUUUAACCUGCUUUUAUUAUUCAUUUUGCUCCAGCUCCAGGACUUCAAAACCAGUCACUGCGUUGGGUUCAGUCCCCUCCUUUCCCAGCUGAGGUUAGCCACCUUCAGAAACAAACCCCUUGCAAAACAUGGGUUUGAUUCCUGGGUGGGUUAGGGCUUCUCCUGUCUAACUGCAAAGAACAAGCCUGGUGCCUGUUCCCCCCAGCCAUACCAUGAGGCCUGCCCCAUCCCACCACCCAAAGCAUCCCCCCUGUGCUGCACCAGACCACUCCUCUCCUUUGGUUUCCUGCAGCAGCAGUUCUCUGGGGCCUGCUGCCCCCAGCUGUGGACACUGGGUGCUGCAGACAUGCUGGGAACUGAACCCCAUGCAGGAGAGGAAAGGAAGGUGUUUGCCUUCUGGGGGGGAUGUCUUGGGGCUGUGGGGGUCAGGGGGAGGGAUGCUGGUAGCAAUUUAGAUCUAAUCCAGUUUCUUCUUCUUGUUUCUUGUGCCACAGUCACCCUGGCCAAGAAGCUGAUGGAUGAUGGGGGAGGGGCCCCAGGCCUGUGCUCUGGCUCCUUCACCUCUCAUCCAAAGGCACCAGGCUUCUUCCUGAGACCCAACAGAACUGACUUUCAAGUCCUGUGAGCAGCAGCAGCUCCCCUGUGCCCCGGUACCCCCGGGACACUCUUGAAGGCCGUAGUGGCCCCAGCAGCCCCCCCGUUCCUCUUAGAGCCGGUUCUGUUCUCUCUGCAAGGAUCUCAUGUUUUCUGUUUUUACUAACAUCUGGUUUUAGGGCUACUACUUUUAACUCUUUGUAUUAAUGACAACCGCUGAUGGCUUCUUCUUUCUCCCCACUCAUUCUUCUUACGAAAGGAUCUCGGCUCCUGUCCUUGGCAGAGACCUCUUUCUCUAGUCAGCUGUGUGACUUUGGGCUGCAUGUCUGGUUCACCAACCCUUUCCAUUGCUCAUGCCCCUGUGACUGUGUCCUGCACGCAGCGUGCAUCUGGCAUGCAGGGAACCCAGGAGUCUGGGCACUUUGUAACAUAGCCGCAUGCUCUGAAUGUUGUGUGGGGGACCUGCUUUAAGAAAGCAGAGUUGCUGGGGCUGUGUAUCCAUGAAACCCUUGGGGACAGGGCAGUUACUGGGCAGGAUAAAUUUACCCCCGCACUCCCCUGCCCCCUCCCUCCUCCCCCAUCCCCACAGGUUUCCUGUUCUCACCAUAGCUAGAUGAGUGCCUGGCAGGCUGGACACCUUGGCUCUUGUGAGCUUUUUGGGGUUCUUUGGAGGCUGCCUGCAUGGUUUCUGGGGAGUUGCUCUGUCUAGGUGCUGCCGCAAAGAGAAAGUUUUCUGUCGGUACCAGGGCAUGAACUUUGUAUGCGGCCUUUGGGCCUGUGGGAUGCUAUAACUACAAGUAACAGCUGGAGGUUGAGCGUGGUCCUUGCAGAGAGCAAAUCUUGAAUGUAUCAGAGUGGGAGGACGAAUGUAGGACCUUGCUCAGCAAGCAGAGAAAAAAGGAAACUUUUCGAGUGAGACAGCUGGGAGCUGCAGGGUGUCUCAUGAGUGUACCAGUAACGAAGCUAAAGGUGUGCGUUCUCUUUCUAUGAACAGUAGAGGAGGAUGGGAGCCAAGGAGCUGGGAGCAGAUUGUGUCCCCUUCACUUGCUAAUUCUCCUGGCAACUGGACAGAGACCUUUCUUCUUUCAGCAGACAGGGUUUCUAUUGAUGGAAACUGCGGACUCCUCAAACCCACGUGCUACCCCAGGCAUCCCCCUUCAUUUCCCCCUCCUGCUCCACCAGCCAUUUCCAUGCUGGAAGUGAUGAUGACACUAGGGUUUCUGGGCUCCCUUAGGCAAGAGAUGUUCUCUGAGCGGGCGUCCUCCUAGUUUUGUCGGAGUGAGGCAUUUCUGCAGGGGCUGUGGAGUCUGUGAAUAUAGGUUUUUUUCCCUUUGGCACCCCCUCGUGUUGUAUAGUUGGAUUUGUCUGUAUAUGCUUGGAAAUUGCCAGGGUGACAAUUUGGUUUUAUAUACAUAUAAUAUAUAUAAAAAAAAAGCAUGUGUUAUAAAACACUCUAAGUAGGUUUGGACCUGCCACAUGUGGCCGCCUGCGUACAGCUGAGCUGGAACGUGGGCAGAGGCACGCUUCCACGGAGUCCAGAUCAGACGGGCUGAGGUCUUGAAAAAGUUGGCAGUAAACGCCAGGUGGCCGAGUGGCUGUUGGCACUGCCCCUGCACAGGGGUGGGGGUCCAGGUGCUGCCUGGCCCACUGACCUGCUCUGUGCAUGUUCUGGGGCUUUCAUCCCAGCCCUGGCCCUGGAGGCAGGUUGUUCUGUGGUUCUUUUCCCUGCAACCGUCUCCCACAGGCAAGGGCUGUAGGGGAUGUCGUGUGAGUGUCUCCUUGUGGUGGUGGGAGCUGUGUGUGCUCAGUGAGGAUCUGAUUGGAUUAAUAUUGGUCCCCCUUCCCAUUCCCUCCCCCCACCUGCUAGGUCUUGGUUUCACAAGAGGGGUUGGUUGGAGCAGAAGUUCCCUGCAUGGUGGGUCUUGGAUUUCACAACAGGAGCAUUAUCCCCUGCUCUCAGCACUAUGGGCAGGGGAGGUAGAGGGAAGGAACAUUGCCUUGCCCGUUCCCCACACCUGGUCCCCUUGUGCAAGGCAGUCCAGCAGCUUCUGCACUGUUGGCUGUUGUGCAGUGUCCCCAGCCUAUGGGUGACUUCUGUCAGCACUCAAACCAUUAGAAAAGUACCGCCUGUACCAGGCACAGGCCCUGGCUGGAACAGCCGCAGCGAUGCAGGCUGGCUGGGCCAGGUGCAGCCUCCUCUGGGGUCUGUGCUGGCUCACAAGGCCCUACCCCUGCAAGUGGGGGCUCCAGAGCAUCCUCUGAUUUUGGCCAUUUAACCCCUUUACCCCUUGUCUGAUAACUGCUGCUGGAGUGCAGUGGGCUGGUAAACGAUGUGGCUGAGAAGUUGGGGGCAGGUAUCUAUUGCGCAUCUCCUCCCAAAGGCAGUGGCACUUGACUCCUAGCACACAUGGUCAGGGGGAAGGGGCUGGAUGCUGUAAACUUUGGGCAUGGUGGGGUCAGCUCAGUGCUGCUAUGGGCCUCUGGUGCUGGGGAAGGGAACCGGCUCCAGGCAGCUUGGACUCAAGAACCUCAGCUCAGCCCCUGCCCCAGCACAGCCCAGUACCAGGGCAUUGAACCCCAGUAGCAUAACCAGGGAGGGCCAGGAGGUGACUGGGGCAGCCCUAGGCACUUCCUGAGGGGGUGGGGGGAAGCACAGAAAUAGCUGCCCCUGGAGUAGUAGCUGAACAGGUGCCUGUGAUGGGCACCCAGCAACCAGCCCUGCCCUGCUGCUGGGCUCUGCCUGUCAAACCCAGGGUCCCCAGGUUCUUCUCAGCUUGUUUGCAGCCCUGAGAGCAAACAAAGAUUUAAAACAAGAGCAAGUUAUUGCCUCUGCCUUUGUUCCUAUGGCAACAGUCAGAACAAGAAGGCUACUAGCCUUGGUAGAGGCAGUGUCUGAAGGUACCAAUUCUUGUUCACACCAGGGAGCUGGAGGUCUACUGCCCCUCCUCGCCUGCUCGGUACAUGGCAUGUUUGACUAAACCACGUGGGGUGAGAUGGUGCAGGACCAGGCCGCUUGGUCUGGGGUGACAUGGGCAGGGCUUGAAGGAGGCUGAGACCCUUUUGCAUGUCAGUACUGUAAGGAAGGCAGCUCUGUGCUAGCCUUGGCCACCCCGCUGGGAAACACAGGACACCAACACCUAUAGACUCCAUCCUGGCUGCAGAGCCAAUUCCAUUAACAGGAUGCAGAGACCACUUCUUAACCCACAUUCCGGUCCUGCAUGGAAUGCUCGCCUGCAUGGAACAGCUGCGGCCUGAUCUCCAGGUCAAGCAGAGCAGGCUCAAGGGUAACAGUUCAUUGAAACAUGCCCUACCCUACAAUCAUCUGUUCAGGGUGCACACAGCAGGGCAGUGGUCCAGGUCCUGAAGCACAUUCUUAUUCCCACCUGUAGGACAGCUGCUGCUUGCCCCUCCUGGCACGUUAAGAUGUACCCACCCCCAUGCAUGUGGGGAGAACAUAGCUUCAAGGUGGUAGUUUGUGCACU